CAUCUACCCGCUCGAGCAACAGAGAGCGAAGUUGAUACUGUCGGACACCGAUCUUUUUGCCGAAAUGGCAGUGUGAAAUUGUGCAGCGACCCAGCAGCAGCCAACGAAACAGUGCAUCCAGUCAGUGCACUGAGUCACUUCUGAUUCAGCAAAAUGUCGUCCUACAUGGAAACUCCAAACACUGCUGCAUUCGACAGCAUAAAAGAGUCUAACGCUACCCGAGCAUUGUCACACGCUCCAUUUGUGACCAAUAACAGCCACUAUGACCACAAUGAAAACCAACUCACAGUUUGGCCUGGAAGACAUGGAGGCCCUUCUCUGGGUGCCUUCCUCUCCCAUGGCUGAUGCCAUGAGCUCACAGUUUUUUCACCCUGACAAAGAACAACAACAGGACGGAAGAGGAACCUUAUUAGAGGGGGACACUUCACCAGUGUCACCCCAUCCCCUUUCACCGCUGUCUUCAUCCACCUCUCCUGCUCGAUUCUACUCUCCUCCAUCCUCACCACCAGCCAUCCUCCUCAAUGGGGACAAAGUGAGGACUGAGUCUAAUCUGUUCUCCCUUCCUUGGUUGGACCACCCUGUCCAGCUGAGAGAUAGCCAGAUGCUGUCUGAUGAUGGCCAAGAGAAUGCACUCAGUGACCUGGACUGGAUGGCUGAGAGGAUGGAUCUAAGUGAGUUUGACCUGGACUCCCUGAUUAGCUCCUGCAGUCGUGCUGAAGAGUCUCCCAGCGCUCCCGAAGCCCUUCUAGCCUCCCGUAAUUGCCCAAUAGAGCUUGACUGCCUCCCACUGCCAACUUUCUCACCUCCUCUGUUCUCAAGUCUUCCCAUCAUUCCUGCUAUCUGUUCAGAUCCUUCUGCCAGUACAGUGGGGCGCUCUGAAUCCUGUAUUGACGGACAGGAGGUCCCUUACUUGGCACCAUGUGUCCAAGAGCCACAAGAGGAGCCACAAGAGGAGCUGGAGAUAAAAUCUGAGCCUGCUUCUCCAGACUCUUCCUCCCCAGUGGUUGAUUCUCCUUCAUUCCCAGCCUUCACUUUGGACCUAGGCAGUGAAGUAGAUAUCGCAGAGAGUGAGGCAAAGCCAGUGAUAGCCUCUGUUGUCCCUCAAGUCCCAAGGUUUGUACUCUCCCUUUCACCAACUCGCAUCGUCCUUGUCCUGACUCCCAAAAAUGAAGCUAAGAUGCCAACCUCAUCAGAGGUCAUUCAUUGCUCCCCACCAGCCUCCCCACCACAAAGGUCCUCCAGAAGUAGGCCGUACUCUGUGCCCAAAUACAAAUCUAAUCCACCCCCUCUUAGUGCUACAAGUGUCGAAGUCAAGUCCUGCCAGGGAGCAGGUGGACCUGAAAGGAUUGUUUUGAAGGUGACAAGACAAGACAAGAAACAAAAGAAGAUGGAGCAGAAUAAAACAGCUGCAAUACGUUACAGGCAGAAGAAGAGAGCUGAGCAGGAUGCACUUAUUGCAGAGCAUGCACUGCUGAAGAGGACGAACAUGGAGCUUACUGAGAAGGCUGUGUCUAUGGCUAGGGAGAUUGAGUAUCUCAGAGAGUUAAUGGAGGAAGUCCGCUCAGCCAUGCUUAAAAAGGGUAUUGGUACUGACCCCUAAUGGUUGAACCUAGUAGUAACUGACAGUGUAAGAAGUGAUUUCCACCUAACAAUUGGGCUUGGUAGAUAUUAUUUCAUGAUCAUAUUGUCUAUACUGCAUGUCUUGGAUGCACAGUCUAGUAAAACUUGUGUUUGUUAGAAUGUAAUCUUUUAUGUAUCAAAGUGGUAUUGAAUAUAGCAUACUUUAUUCAUGUGGUAAAUCUCAAAUAUUUUCCAUUUGGUAUAUAAACUUCUGCCAUGUUUCUUGUAUGUUUUUUUUCCCUUGUAUCCAAACUUCAGUCAUUUGCCAGCAGGAUGGCAUUUUAAAGGUUUAAAUCUGACAUUAUAGCAUAACUGAACAAUCUGUAAUUUUGUUCUCCUAAUAAAGAGUGUUGGCACUGA